AUGAGUUCAAACCACGUCGUUAAUUCGAUAUUCAGUGAGUUUCAGAAGAGUCUAGAUUCUGAACAGGAAUUGCGCGAAGUUAUACGCCAGAUUUGUAAAGAAAUUGAUCAGAUAUCUCGCGAAGUGACAACAGUUCUCCAAGUAAUACACCACAGUGACGCCGGUAUACUACCAGCAUGUCAAAAAGCCCGUGAAUUAUUCGAAAAAGCCAACGAAGGCUAUCAGAGAUUGAAGACGGCGGUUCCAGCGAGGGAUUUUUAUAAAUACCACGACCAUUGGCGUUUCACAACACAGAGAUACUGUUUCUUAAUAUCACUCACGAUUUGGCUGGAAACCGGCAUAUUGGCUACACAUGAAACAGUAGCGAGUAUAUUAGGAGUGAGUGCGAUUGAAGAGAAGGAAGGGUUUCAUCUUGAUAUUGAAGAUUAUUUGGUUGGCUUAUUGCAUUUAUGUUCUGAACUUUCUCGGUUGGCCGUUAAUUCUGUAACUAGAGGUGAUUAUGAAAAACCGCUGCAAAUAUCCAAAUUUGUUAUGGAGUUGAAUGCUGGGUUCAGGUUGUUGAAUCUCAAAAACGAUCAUCUCAGAAAGAGGUUUGAUGCUCUCAAGUAUGACGUGAAGAAGAUUGAAGAAGUGGUGUAUGACUUGAGCAUCCGAGGACUGCUUGCUAAGAACGAAGAGGCUUAA